UCAGCCAUGUCGGCCAAGCUUAUGCAUGCAAUUCAAUACGACAGCUAUGGUGGAGGACCUUCUGGUUUAAAGCAUGUCGAGGUUCCAAUCCCAACCCCGAAGAAAAAUGAGGUCUUGCUGAAACUGGAAGCAGCCAGUCUAAACCCAGUUGAUUGGAAAAUUCAGAAGGGGCAGUUGCGGCCUCUCUUCCCAGGAAAAUUCCCUCAAAUACCUGCAACUGAUGUGGCUGGGGAGAUUGUAGAGGUUGGACAAGGAGCCAAAAAGUUCAAAGUGGGUGACAAAGUUGUGGUAUUGCUCAGCCAUUUUAGUGGAGGUGGACUGGCUGAGUUUGCUUCAAGUAAUGAGAGAUUCAUGGUUGCCAGGCCAGCUGAAGUGUCAGCAGCUGAAGGUGCAGGCUUACCUGUUGCCGGCAUCACGGCUCACCAGGCUAUCACCCAAUCUGCAGGGAUCAAGCUUGACGGAACUGGCAAGCAGAAGAACAUAUUGAUCACUGCUGCCUCUGGUGGCGUUGGACACUAUGCAGUCCAACUAGCAAAGCUCGGAAACACUCAUGUCACAGCCACCUGUGGAGCUCGUAACGUCGAAUUGGUUAAGAGCUUAGGAGCAGAUGAAGUUCUUGACUACAAGAACCCGGAUGGGGCAGCUCUGAAGAGCCCGUCUGGCAGGAAAUAUGAUGCUGUCAUCAACUGUGCAACCGGCAUUGCUUGGUCAACUUUUGAGCCUAAUUUGAGUGCAAAAGGGAAAGUUAUAGACAUUGCUCCAAAUGCAAGUUCUUUCACUACAUUUCUUUUAAAGAAACUCACUUUCUCCAAGAAGUCCUUGGUGCCAUUGCUCAUGAUCCCCAAGGCUGAGAGCUUGGAUUAUCUUGUUAAAUUGGUGAAGCAAGGAAAGCUCAAGACGGUGAUCGACUCAAAGCAUCCUAUAAGCAAGGCUGAAGAUGCUUGGGCUAAGAGUAUUGAUGGCCAUGCUACUGGGAAGAUAAUUGUGGAGCCUUAG